UGCAGUUGACAAAUGGAAACAAUUGAUGAAUAGCGCAUCAAACCCGGCAAAUAACCGCACACGGUGGCACGGCGGAGAUUACCGAGUCGUAUUGAUAUCUAAAAUGAACCAGGGAAACUUGAUCUACACAGCUACCCAAUACUGCGCACCCCAUCUCGCCGGGAUUGCCACUACACUCGCAAUCGCGUACGUCUUGUACGCCCUGAUCGUGCUUCCCCUUGCGGCAUCACCGCUGCGUGCCAUCCCAGGACCCAAGGCCUACGCGGCGACCAGAUGGCGGCUCGCCUGGGACGACUACCGGGGCGCGAGGACCCGCGUGAUCCACAGCCUGCACAAGCAGCACGGCAGCGCGGUGCGCAUCGGCCCCGGCGAGGUGUCCUUUUCGUCUCUCUCGGCGCUCCGCACCAUCUACGGGGCCGGCUCUGGGUUCGAGCGCACCAACUUCUAUCGCAUGUUUGACGUCUACGGGCGGCAAAACCUCUUCACCUUUGCCGGGGCCAAGAAGCACGGCGAGAGGAAGAAGGUGCUCGCCCACGCCUACGCCAAGAGCGUUGUCUUGGCGGACGGCUCGGUUGCGAAGCCGCUGAUAGAGAACAAUGUCAGGAGGUUCUUGGAGCUCAUUGAGCGCGAGAAGGAAGCGACAUCGAAGAUCUUUGACAGCCUGCAUUGGUUCAGUCUCGACAGCAUCACUGGCUUCCUAUAUGGUGACCAGCAUGGUGGCACUCGUGCUCUGCGGGGCGACCGGGCAGACAGGGCAAUGCUGGACGAUAUCCGUGACCCCGCCAGGAGAAAACUGACCUGGUUUGCUUUUCAUCUGAAGUUGUAUACCAAGUGGCUGUACUCCCAGACGGGCCUCUUGGAGAAGACGAUCAAUGUCUUGGGUCUGCUGCCCAUGUCGAAGCCAACCACCUACACGGCUAUUAGAGCACACGCUCUAAAAUCGUGCGUGGCGUCUGAGGCAGAAACCAACGAGACUAACGUAACAGUUGACAAAGCUUCCUUUAUUAUGUCCAAGCUAUGGGCAUACAGCAAGUCCGAAAAAGAGCCCAGAAUGGACAGGCUCGAUAUCGCAUCCGAGGCAGCUGACCAUUUCCUUGCUGGCAUCGACACAACCAGCGAUACACUGAUGUUUGCCAUUUGGGCCCUCUCCCUGCCGGAAAACAGACGCUGUCAAGAACGGCUGAUUGCAGAGAUCGACAGCAUGUCACCGGAGUUGUUCAACCAGGGAACCAAAGCACUCGGCAGUGCGGUAGCGGCCGCCGAGGUCGCUGACCGGCUUCCCUAUCUCAACGCAGUCAUCAAGGAAACCUUGCGGCUCUUUGCACCCAUUCCCGGGUCGGAACCACGCUCGAUGCCAGUCGAUACGACAAUAGACGGAUACCGAAUCCCUGCUGGGACGGUGGUAAGCAUGUCGCCGUACACGCUGCAUCGUAACGAGGACGUGUUCCCACAGACGCUCGAGUUUCGACCAGAGAGGUGGCUCGGCGAGCUGGGGGAUCUCGUCGAGAUGAAAAAGUACUUUUGGGCCUUUUCCAGUGGCGGCCGGAUGUGUAUAGGCGUACACUUUGCCAUGGCCGAGAUGACGACUCUUUUAGCAAGUUUGUACAAGCACUACAGUACCUGCGAGCAAGAAAGACAGAAAGGAUCAAGUCCUGCAAUCUCCAGCCGGUUCGAGCUAUUCUAUGACGAGAGGUUCACGCAGAUUUCAGAGCAUGCCUGCUAUAUUGACUUCAAAAGGCGCACGCAUUAGUGGUCCCCUUGAGGAUAUUUGUACACCAAGCAAAGUCGAGGUAUCAUCUUAGGCACAGUACCGACCGAGAUGUUUAUGGAGAGACAGGCAGCAGCGGCGAAAACACGACCUCCAAUUCUCGACGGUCUGGCGCCCUUGAGCACAAAUUUUACCACGCUCCAUUGCCUCAUGUGGUUAUGAAUGACAAGAUCCUUCAUCCUUCAGAGGAUAUUUGCUAUUUAGUCCAUCGGACAGGGAAAACCAUGAAAGACAUACCUCCAUAAACAAAAAAAUUGAAAGGCGCGAAUUUCGCUUGAGCCCCAUAUUUUAUGUCAAUCGGUAAACUAUUGGUUUUAAUGCACAGUAAGUAACUGUCCCGGGUUAAUGCAUGUAGAUGCAUAACAAUAAGAACUUGUGCGCCG